AUGGUCAUUGCCUCGUACACCUCGCACACGUCCUCUGCCGACGUGAAUCUCCGCCGCCUCUCCCAGCUCUUCCUCAACACCACCGGCACCAUGCGGGCUUCACUCUCUCUAGAGACCGUCACCAUGCUUGGCCUCGAGCUCCGCCUACAGCUGUCCGAGGAUGACAGCCAGGGCAGUGGUCCCGCCGGCCGGAUCGCGCACGCCGCGAGACGGCCCAUAUUUGCCGCCCUCGAGCGCAUCCGGGACGAGUUCCUGCGCCGCAUCGAGCAUGGCAGCCCACGGUGCAACACAUUUAGACUAACAUCGUUUAUCAUUGCGCAGCUUCGCGCCACGGAGCGCCGGGAGAGCCCCGCGCAGGCGCUGAGCAACGCAGUAGCCGAGAAGCUGGCGGACGUGCAGGGCUAUCUCGAGAGUAUUGUUGAGAGGCUGUCGUUGAGCAGCGUAGGCGCCGAGGCGGGGAUGGAUUUUGACUUGGACGUACUGCUGGCCAUGGAUUUCAGCUGUGAUUCUGGAGGUUUCAACUUUGGCGGUUUCGAGAUGGGCGACGCAAUGUGGUAG